AUGGCUCCCGAGCAGGUCCUCUCGGGCACCGACGCCGCCAAGAUCGCAGAGGUCUGCCAGAAGCACGGCAUCACGACCGCCGAGUUCGCCCAGCUCCAGGCCCGCUCGGCCUCGGCCAAGGCCACAGCGUACUGCCCCUACAGUCGCUUCCGCGUGGGCGCGACGCUGCUCGUCUCCGGCCCCGCGUACGUCGACGGCGCCAACGUCGAGAACGCGAGCUACCCCGUCGGGACGUGCGCCGAGCGCGUGGCCUUUGGGACGGCCGUCGUCCAGGGCCACAGGGAGUUCAGGGCCGUGGCCGUGUCGACGGACAUUAGCCCGCCGGCGAGCCCGUGCGGCAUGUGCCGGCAAUUUAUUCGGGAGUUCGUCAAUCUGUCCAUCCCGGUGUUCAUGUUUGACAAGAACCAGGACUUUGUGGUGAUGACGAUGGGAGAGUUGUUGCCCAUGUCUUUUGGGCCGGAUCGACUGCCUCCCCCUGGCGCUCCGGGAGCGAUGGGUUGA